AUGGCACAGCCCGGUGCAACCCCAGAGAUCGCGAGAGUUCUAGCGAUGAACUCGCCUGGACUACCACGAAUCUCGUCUUCGAAAGUUAUAGAAGAGAGUGAGCUGAUUACCGAUGUCGUGGAAGGCUUGGAGGAGAUCAGUGGCGCCAACGCCGAUCUCGGUGUCGUUGGAGCCAGGGAGGGUGCUGGGUAG